UUUUAUUUGAAAUACAGGGAUCUUUAAAAAAUGCGAUGGCACUUGACAGGUGCACAGUUUAAGAUAUCCAAGCCACGAGCUGUGAGGCGUGACUUAUCCUGUCUGGCCAGAACUCUCGGUUCAUUUUCAUCAUCGGAACAUUACUGCUUGCUUGAUUAAAGCGAUGCUGGGACAAUCAAGGAAAUUGGCUACUUUAUGGCUUCUCCUAUACAAGGGCUGCAGUCCAGCCGGAGUCAGUUAAACAAGGAAUAAGUCAAGGUAGAAAACCAUAAUUAUUGUGACGUGACAGAGUUGGCAUCCAACAUCAAUACAAGCAGAGACAGCGGUGAAUGGUCAUCGUAGGAGCGUUUACAGAGAUUGUGACAAAUAAAGAUGUAACUAUCCAAAAAAUUGAUUCUUAAUCAACAAGAUGAAUUUAGACAUUAUUAUGAAGCGGCGAGCCCGCAAGCUGCGGUUGUGCAUUUUGGUAUCUGGACUUCUCAGCUGUUACUUUGGCAGUUUUCUAGUAUAUAACAGAGAUGCCAUAUUUGAUAUGGCAAAAACUGGUGACUUCCAUCAUCUAGAGGGGAUAGAACUGGGCAGCCACAGUGGACAAAGACAUCUCCUGACCACCAAUUCCACCACAGAGGAUGAAGCCCUGUACCCUGAGGAUGCCUUCACCGAGGAUCAGUUAAAGUCUGGAGCUGUGAUCUUACAUGUGAUUGGAAUGAUCUACAUGUUUAUAGCGUUAGCCAUUGUCUGUGAUGAAUUCUUUGUGCCCUCUUUAGGAGUCAUUAUUACUCGCUAUGGAAUUUCGGAGGAUGUGGCCGGUGCCACCUUCAUGGCUGCAGGGGGCAGUGCUCCUGAAUUCUUUACCAGUCUUAUAGGAGUGUUUUUAGCAAAAAGUAAUGUAGGAGUGGGAACCAUUGUGGGAUCUGCUGUUUUUAAUAUAUUGUUUGUCAUUGGAAUGUGUGCUCUGGUCAGCAAAGAUGUUCUUCAACUAACUUGGUGGCCACUCUUCAGGGACGUGUCGUUUUACAGCAUUGACCUUAUACUGUUAAUCGUGUUUUUCAUUACAGACGAAAAAAUUUACUGGUAUGAAGCACUGGUCUUGUUUUUUAUGUAUAUAUUUUACGUUAUAUUUAUGAAAUUUAACCACAGAAUAGAGAGAUGGGUGAAAUCCAAGUUACCGAAGAAGAAAACCAAAGUAGGAAGUUCUAGUCAAAUUGAAGAGAAACCAGAACGAGUUUUAAGUAUGCCAAUUUUACACUCUGGAGGCAACCACUUUAGGCCAGGCAUAUUGGAACUAAUUAUUCAUCAUAUAGAUCCCCUGCAUAAAGACAGUAAACCUCACAACAAGGCUAUGCACCUGCAUGCCAUUGCCACCUUAAAGGUCAUCAUAGGAACUACCCACACAGAUGACCCAAAUACCAUUCAGGUAGACAAGGACAAUAACACCAUACAAGCUAAUGGCAAAGACCCAAUGGCCAAUGGCAAAGCCAUAGAUCAGAACAAUACAGGCAACAGUGAUGGGGACAAAGUGGUGUUGACAGUUGAUGGAACAGCUAAACAAAGUACUGAUACUGCAUCAGGCUCCGGCGAUAAUUCACACGAAGUGGAGCAGUUGGAGGAGGAGGAGGAACCUUUAGACCUGAGCUGGCCCUCGGGAUGGAGAAGUCGGAUCUCCUACAUCAUCCUGGCUCCUCUCGUGUUCCCCAUGUGGAUUACUCUACCUGAUGUCCGGAGACAGGAUAAGAAAAAAUGGUAUUGGGGGUCCUUCUUUGGGAGCAUUGUGUGGAUUGCCAUUUUCUCCUACUUACUGAAUUGGUGGACAAACACUGUGGGAACAACUAUUGGAUUAACGGAUGAGAUCAUGGGACUGACCAUUUUGGCAGCUGGAACCAGUAUCCCUGACCUAAUUACAAGCGUGAUUGUUGCCAAGAAAGGCUUUGGGGACAUGGCCGUUUCCAGCUCUGUGGGAAGCAAUAUCUUUGACAUCACUGUUGGCCUUCCUAUCCCGUGGUUGCUGUAUUGGGCCGUCUUUCAGGAGCCGAUCAGUGUAGACAGUGCUGGGAUGGUGUGCUCCAUUUUCUUACUGUUCAUAAUGUUGAUGGCGGUCAUCAUUACCAUUGCGGUCAAUAAAUGGCGAAUGAACAAGCUGUUGGGCCUCAUUAUGCUGUUCCUGUAUUUGGUGUUUGAAGUCUUAAGUGUCUUGCUGGCACUGAAAAUUAUCAUUUGCCCUGUGGAAGUUUGAAUUCGAACAUCUUUCAUAGUUUUCUUUCUCUCAAAAAAGAAAUCUGUUUAAGAUGUAUGUUUAUUCACAUUUCUUACUUUUGGAUCUGUGGACAUAAAUAUUUUUAAAGGCCAAAACUGAAAAAUAACAAUAAUUGGAUGCAAAGAAAAAUGUAAAAAUCAUGAUUUAUGUUUUUAUAUGAAAUGGAAUGAAAUUGAUGCCCUGGUUUUGUCGCUCAAUGUAUAAGGUAUCUCUGUGUAAUCUAUUUUCUCUUCAGUUUAGUGAGUGGUCUUAAUUAAUUUAGUGCUGUGAGCUUGACAAACGUUUCAUGAGUAUUUUCUUGAAGUAUUACACAUAAUGAUCGUGUUGCAAUAACUAUAUUGUGAUUUGUGCUAACUUUGUAAGAAACAUUUGUGAUAUAAUAGUUAUCAUUUAUGUUAUAAACUAUUGCCAACGUCACGGAUCAUGUGCAUUGUAUAUGCAUAGGAAAGAGAACGUUUGUGGCAAAAAAAACAACAGAAGGACUGAGCAUAAUACAGGGGAAAGCGUAUGAUGCGCAUUAGAUAUCUGUGUAGUGAUUAUUUGAUAUUGUGAAGACUUGUGUUUUCUUGAUUUAGGAACCCCAUGCAAACACAAAUCCUAGUCAAAUCACAUAGUCUUUAGUAUUAAAAGCAUUUUAUUUUUUAUUUUAUUUUUAAACCAGAGGGAAAAAUACCACAAUUUAUUUUUAUUUCAUUUAUUUAUUUAUUGUGAAGCAGUGUUGUUUGAUAUUAUUUUUGAAAUGUCAUUAUUGAAAAAUCACUGUAUUAACCAAUGAUUUGUAGAACAUAUAUCCAGGUGAUAGGAAUUAGAGAAUUCUUAUUCUUUAAACAUUUUUAUUUAAAAUUAUAUCUACCCUUUCAAAGGGGAGACAUAUUGUUUUUGUCGAUUUUCUUAUUCUUCUUAUUCUUCUUCAUCAAAAUGUUUUCCAGGCCGUAACUUAAAUACCCUUUGACAUUAAGACUUCAAAGUUAGAACAUGGGUAGAUGGUAUUGAGAAGGAGUGCACACCACCAAAACUUUUGACCUUAACCAAUUUUGUUCUUCAAGGUCAAGUGUUGUAUUAAAAAAAAUUCUCCGGAACAUAACACAAGACUCCUUCAACAUACAGACUUUUAACUUGUAUCAUAUAUAGAUGGUAUAUAACCUAGCUGAACCCUACCAAAUUUUUUACCUUCACCUAAAAUUUUUAUUUCAAGGUCAAAUUAGAAAAAAACUGCAUUGCUCAUCUCCUGAAUAUACUUUGACAGAAGGACUUCAAACUUUAAACAAAGAACAAUAAUAAUACACUUAGGUGUACUAUUUUUAAUAUUUGACCUUGACCUAGUUUUUACUCAAGGCCAAAUUAAGAAAAAAUUAAUUUUGUCUGGGUCGUAACUUAAAUACCCUUUGACAUUAAGACUUCAGACUUAUAACAUACAUAGAUGGUAUUGAGUAAGAGUACACAGAACCAUAAUUUUUUACCUUGACCAAUCUUAUGUGUCAAGGUAAUUCAUUUUCUAAAAAGUAUUGUAUGACUCAUAACACGAGAUUCCUUAAACAUACAGACUUUAAACUUGUAUCACAGAUAGAUAGUCAGUAAUCAGAUGGAACCUACCAAAAUUUUUGACCUAGGCCUAAAAAAAUUUCAAGGUCAAAUUAGAAAAAACACAUUCUCGUCGUUAUUUAAAUAUACUUAGAAGGACUUCAAACUGUAAACAAAGAACCAAAAUACCAUGAGACAUAGUAUUGUUGAUUGUUUUACCUUGACCCUUUUCCCAACUCGAUAUCAAAUUAAGAAAAAAAAUCUAUUUUUUUUUCCAGACGUUAACUUCAUAAUUCUUUCACAGAGAGACUUUAAACUUAAAACGUAGUUUGAUGAGCUAGCAAAAAAGUGAACCAAACCCAACUUUUUUACCUUGACCUAUUUGGAUCUCGGGGUCAAUUAUCAUGAAAAUGUUCCUUACAAUGAUGACUUGUAUCAUAUAUGGAUGAAAUAUAACAUAUAUUUGACAUCAUUCUUUUUCAAUUUUUAAACUUGACCCAUAUUACAAUCAUUGGGGAGAAGGGGAGAUAUGCACUUGGUUGGUUUUUUUUACCCAUUAGUUACUACUAAAUUGCAGGUCUAAACACGAACUUAAAAUUCUUUUCAUUUUA